UCACAAAGCAAAACAAACUCAUUCAUUGCUUUCUCUCUGUUCUUUCCGUACUCUGUUAUUUUUGUUCGUCUGUUUUUUUUUUUUGAGCAAAAGGUAAUUUCUCUCUGCUGUAAUUUUAGAUCUAAUCCGUAAAAUCAUUAUCUAUGUCGGUGGCUCAAGAUUUCUACCAAAGGUCCUAGAUUUCAAGAUUUUGUUUAUUUCAGUAGCUUUCGUGGGUAGAAAUUCAUCUUCAGUAGCUUUCUUACACUUGAAUGAGUUGUCGGUUUCCCGAUAUCUCCGCCGAUGGUUUCCUUUUUCUUCCUUUUCAUUUUCCUUUUUUCUUUAUGGCAAGUAAAUAUAAAGGAAUCGGAGGUUUUCUUGAUCAAAAAGUUGCUUUGUUCAAAAGAGUCUCCACUCCGGCUAUAGAAAGUUUUUCUCUGAUUCUACACGCAAUAUUCAUGGAUAAAUAGAUAAUCUCUUUAUCCCACGACUCGAAAAAGGACUGUGCUUUAAAUCUAGAAUCUUCUCACCCAAACAUUCCAUUUUUGAGCGAAUUUUUUUUUGGGAUUUUUCGCUAUAAAUUCCCUGACAACCCCCUUCAAACGUACAGACUUGUCCUUCUUCUCUUCUUUGUUAAUCUCUCUAGCGUGAGUAGUCUCUGCUUCUUCUUCUCACUCCUUUUGUUUUUUGUUUUUGUAUGAACACAUUCGAUUUGUUUUUUGUUUUUGUAUGAACACAUUCGAUUGUGUGUUGAAAGUGAGUAGUUCUUUUUAUCUUGAAGAAAAGAAGUUUGUUGUUCAUCCUCAUCAUCCAAAUAGAAAAAAAAAGUGUUCCUUUUGAAAAUGCUCUGUUUUCUUUUCUACACGGUUGGGUUUCACAAAUCUCGCACGACACACCAUAGUCAGAUUCUGUGUCUUUUUUCUAAUGGAGUAGUUUUUUAAGAAAGAAAGAAAUUGGGUGCAAAUCUUUUUCUGGGUAAACAAAUUUCUUGGGGUGUUGCAAAAAAAAAAGAAAAAAAGAGAAGAAUAAACUACACUUUACGAAAACAGAGACUAGAAAUGUACACCAGAAAGUUAGGUUGGACGGUGAAUGAAGAGGGAGGGCCCAUUGGAGCCGCCUUGGUCGUUACGCAAUAAUCGUCUUUGGCUACCAGUGCGAUCUAUAUAGUAGUCUUGCAAUUGUACAGUAGUACUAGUAACAACUAGUAAAAAUUUCAAUGGUUUGUGUUUCCGUGCGGGGUUAGGUAUUGAAAAUUUAAUGGACCCAAUGGCAUAUUCUAGAUUAUCUCUAGAUUAGGUGGGGAAGUUUGACUUUCUGGUCAAUUCUUCUGGUUUUAUAGAAAGGGUCUGAUUUCGGAUAAAACCAUUAUAUCCAGUUUUCAAGUUAACGAUUUGUUUUUGUCCCAGGUUUUGGUUUUUGUCCGUGAAUCCCUUCCAAAGAUAUGUCUGGACACGUUCUGACUCGCGUUCACAGCCUUCGGGAGCGUCUUGAUGAGAAUCUGUCCGCUCAUCGCAACGAAAUUCUGUUGCUUCUCUCCAAGAUCGAAAAGCAUGGAAAAGGAAUUCUGAAGCCCCAUCAGAUCGAGGCAGAAUUUGAUUCACUCUCUAAAGAUGCCCAACAGAAGCUGCAUGAUGGAGCUUUUGGAGAGUUUCUGAAUUCCACUCAGGAAGCAAUAGUUUUGCCUCCAUGGGUUGCUUUUGCCGUUCGACUAAGGCCCGGUGUGUGGGAGUACGUCCGAGUGAAUCUUAAUGCCCUUGUUGUCGAGGAGUUGAGCGUCCCACAGUAUCUGCAGUUCAAAGAAGAACUCGUCGAUGGACCGCAAAAUGGCAACUUUGUACUCGAGUUGGAUUUUGAACCCUUCACCGCAUCUGUCCCGCGCCCAACCCUUUCCAAGUCAAUUGGGAAUGGAGUUGAGUUCCUCAACAGGCACCUCUCUGCUAAAAUGUUCCAUGACAAGGAAAGCAUGUUCCCACUCCUUGAUUUUCUCAAAGCCCACAACCACAAGGGAAAGACAAUGAUGGUCAAUGACAGAAUACAAAACCUCAAUGCUCUGCAGUUUGUCUUGAGGAAGGCAGAAGAAUAUCUGCUUACACUUCCGUCAGAAACCCCAUAUGCCAAGUUUGAACACAAGUUCCAAGAGAUUGGUUUGGAGAGAGGGUGGGGUGACACCGCUGAGAGAGUGCUAGAAAUGAUCCUUAUGCUACUGGAGCUUCUUGAGGCUCCUGAUCCCUGCACUCUCGAGAAAUUCCUUGGAAGAAUCCCCAUGGUUUUCAACGUUGUUAUCCUUUCUCCCCAUGGUUACUUCGCUCAAGAAAAUGUCUUGGGCUAUCCUGACACUGGUGGCCAGGUUGUAUACAUUUUGGAUCAAGUUCCUGCAAUGGAGAAGGAAAUGCUUCUACGUAUCAAGCAGCAAGGGCUUGAUAUCAUUCCUCGUAUUCUCAUUGUGACUCGGCUUCUCCCAGAUGCGGUAGGCACUACUUGCAAUCAACAUCUUGAGAAAGUUUACGGAGCAGAGCAUUCACAUAUACUUCGAGUUCCCUUUAGAACGGAGGAGGGAGUUGUCCGCAAAUGGAUCUCACGUUUUGAAGUCUGGCCUUACAUGGAGACUUUCACCGAGGAUGUUGCACAUGAAAUUGCCAAGGAGUUGCAGACAAAGCCAGAUUUGAUAAUUGGAAACUACAGCGAGGGUAACCUUGUUGCCUCUUUGUUAGCUCACAAAUUAGGGGUCACACAGUGUACCAUUGCUCAUGCAUUGGAGAAAACAAAAUAUCCUGAUUCUGACAUCUACUGGAAAAAAUUUGAGGAGAAGUAUCAUUUUUCAAGCCAAUUUACAGCAGAUCUCAUUGCGAUGAAUCAUACCGAUUUCAUUAUCACCAGCACUUUCCAGGAAAUUGCUGGAAGCAAGAAUACUGUAGGACAGUAUGAGAGUCAUACUGCCUUCACCAUGCCCGGACUAUACAGAGUUGUCCAUGGGAUUGAUGUGUUUGACCCCAAAUUCAACAUUGUCUCACCUGGGGCCGAUAUGUCCAUCUACUACCCCCACACAGAGAAGGACAAGAGAUUGACUAAGUUCCACCCUGAAAUUGAAGAGCUUCUCUUUAGUGAAGUAGAGAAUAAGGAGCAUUUAGGUGUGUUGAAGGACAAGAAGAAGCCAAUCAUAUUUUCCAUGGCAAGGUUGGACCGUGUGAAGAAUUUAACUGGUCUAGUUGAGUUGUAUGGUAAGAAUGCCAGGCUUAGAGAGCUGGCAAACCUUGUGGUUGUUGGAGGUGAUCGUAGGAAGGAAUCCAAGGAUUUGGAAGAACAAGCUGAGAUGAAGAAAAUGUACGACCUCAUUGAAACCUACAAACUGCAAGGUCAGUUUAGAUGGAUAUCUUCUCAAAUGAACAGGGUGAGGAACGGUGAACUCUACCGAUACAUCGCAGACACCAAGGGUGUUUUUGUCCAACCGGCUUUCUAUGAGGCCUUUGGUUUGACUGUUGUGGAGGCCAUGACCUGUGGUUUGCCUACAUUUGCAACUUGUUACGGUGGUCCGGCUGAGAUUAUUAUUCAUGGGAAAUCUGGAUUCCACAUUGAUCCUUAUCAUGGUGAUCAGGUGGCUGAACUUCUCGUCAACUUCUAUGAGAAGUGCACACAAGAUCCUUCUCACUGGGACGCUAUUUCCAAAGGCGGGCUGCAGCGCAUCCUGGAGAAAUACACAUGGCAGAUUUACUCAGAGAGGCUAAUGACACUUGCUGGGGUUUAUGGGUUUUGGAAGUACGUAUCGAAUCUCGAUCGUCGUGAGACGCGCCGCUACCUGGAAAUGUUUUAUGCUCUGAAAUAUCGCAAGUUGGCUGAAGCAGUUCCAUUGGCUGUUGAUCAGUAGAUGGAUGAUUGGCUCUGGGAGUAAUAAUGGCAUUUUUUGUCAAGUGGGAGUUUUCAAGUAUUUGAGGUUGUGAUGAGAAGAGUCUCUGCUGCUCCUUUUGUUUAUUGAAUUUCCUUUUUAUUUCUGUUUUGCUUUCCCCAUUAUAAUGGGGCAUUGCGUGGAAUUUCGGUUUAAAAGACUCUGUUAGUAUGGUAAAAAGUAGGUUAUCUUUUGUGUUUCCUUUUCCCCCGCCCUAUCUUCGGAUGAAGAUUUGGUGGGGUAUUUGAGAUUCUAAAUUGUUGAGUAAUAAUAAAGAUCAAGUUGCCAAUCUA